UUUAUUAGUAGAAAUCAAAAACAAAUAAAGCAGUCUAUAAUUGUUAUGGAUGAUAAAAAAUAAAAUUAUUUGAAUGAGGAUACUAAGGAUUAUUCAUUUAAACAUUAAAAUAAUAAUUAAAAGUCCUUUGAAGAAGAAUAUGAAGAGUAUGGGUAGUGCUUUUCAGAUUGUGAAUAAUUCUGUCUUGAUAGUUAAAUAUAAAAAUCGAGUUAGUUAAAAAAUAUGAUUACUAAUUUGAUAGUAGAUUCAGAUAAUUUUUAAUACUUAAAACUAAAAGGUUUAGAUCAAGCUACUCUUACGAUUAUUGAAUUCAAUAAUAUAUUUUAGGAACAAGUGCAAUAAUUUUUGGAUUAAAUAAAUACUAUAAUUGCUGAAGAAGUUGAUAUUUUUACAGAAUAUGUACAUUUUGAAGUAAUUCGAGAUAAGUAGGAUAAAAUCAGUUGUUCUUUAUAUAUGAUAAAAUGUUUAGAUAUUUAAGCAAUAAAAUGUUUUAGUAUUAUUAAAGUAGAGGAAAUUAUAUAAUUUAUUAAACAUAUUCUUCAAAUAUUUUCAAAAUAUGAAAUCUUAAAAAGAUUUAUUAAUAAUUUAGCCUUGCCAAAUUUCAUAUAUAUACAACCAAAUGGUUAGCUAAAAUUUGACUAUCUUUACUUUUUUUUAGAAUAGUUUAAUAGAAAUUUUCAUUAACAUACUUAAAAAUCUUGUGAAAUUGAAGAAUUAAUAGAUUUUGAUAUUUAUAAUUUAUAAGAGUUUAACACGUAAAAUAAGAAUACUAGUUAAUUUAAUAUUGAAGUUUUAAUAUACGAGUAUUUCUAAAAGAAAAACUCAAAUACAACUCAGCGUGAUAAAUCAUUUAGCUUAAUUACAUCAAGUUCAAAUUAGUAAUAAAUGUCUACUAUAGAUGAUAGCACAUUUUUAGCUUAAAUCUCAAGGUAAGAAAAUUAUUAGUUAGAACCUAAAUGUAUUUUUCUUGAAUAAGACAAUUUCAAAUCAGAAUUUAUUCCUGACCUUUCAGACUUUACUUAGAUAUCAUAAUAAUCUCCUCCUUAACACAUAUAAUAUUGUCAGAACACUAUUAAAAAGUUAAUAUACAUUGAAGGUGUUAAAAAUAUAGAUAAAAUAGUAAAAAGUUACAAUAAUAAAUAAAACUAUUCACAAUAUCAAACAUAACAUGGAAAAUAAUAAAAAUAACAAAAUACCUCAAAAUUGAAUAUUAAUCAAAAAGUUUAUCUUUCUCUUAUUAGAAUCGCUAAAAAAGUUUUUUAUAAGAAUAUACUAAAAUCUUCAUAAAUGUAUUAUGAAGAUUCUCCUUUUUAUUACCAAACCCUGAUGAAUAUAAAAUAAGAAUUGGAGCAAGAAGGAGAAUAAUUUAUAAAUAAAAAAAAAUAUGAAAGCUAUGCAAACAGAGAACCAUUUUGGAAUCUCAACAGAGAUGAAUAAACAAAUAUACUUGGAAAUGUUUUAAAUAUAUAACUAAGUUUAAAAGAUUAUAUUACAAAAUCAAUAAUGGAAAAUCCUAUAAGAUUUGCUGAAUGUGUGCGACAUACAGAAUGUUUUGACUAUUCUACAUUAAGCUACCUUUAAAAAUUAGGAAAAUGUCCAGAAUGUUUUUAAUACAUUAAGAAUUUUUAUGAAGAUAAGUAUCUCAAGUUUAUCAUUUAAUUUCUUUCUAGACAAAAUACAAAAUAAAACAAUUCAAUAUCAACAUAAUAAAAAACAGAUUGCUACUUUCCGUAUUUUAUUUAGUCUGUUAACUGCUACAGUAACAAUGGGAUUUUUAUUCCUAUUAUUGAAUAUAUCAAUAUAUCAACUACUCCUUAAGAUAAUAGCUUAGAGAUUUCUAAUUUAUAUCCUAUUACAAAUUUUAUUGACCUUGAGUAUUUAUAUUAAAUUAUUAAAUAUAACACAAAUGAAAAAACACAAUAAAUGUUGUGUCAAUACUAAUUUUUUACAUAAAGAGAAGAUAGCUUUGCAAGAUAGCUGAUUUUGAGUAUUGUAAAUUUUAAUAUAUAUGGAAAUAAAUUUCAAUUUAGACUGAAUAAAGUCUUCAAUGAAAAUAGCUUUUUAGAAUACCCGAUCAGAAAUAGCAAUUAUAGCUGUACACAUGUUGACUGUUUUGAUAUUAGUGAUUUAUUUUUAAUAAACUAAGUUUAAAACUUUCAAGAUAAUAAUUUAAUAUGCCCUGUUUGCAAGAAUUCUAUUAAAGUGGAAGAUCUAGUCUAUGACAAAGAAUAUAAAAAUGUAAUUAACUUUGUCGAAUAGAUGCUGUUGUAAAAGCUUGAAAAGUCAAACGAGGAAUAUAUCAUCUAGAAGAAACAUUACAGCGCAACAAUAGACUUUACCAACGAUAUAGUUACAUACUUAGAUGAUGAAAUGUAAUAAUAAAAAAUUAGAAUUUAAUGUUUGUAAUCAAAUUUUUAAGAAUAUAAAAAGAUAGUAUAAUUUUCCAGCAUUAAUCAGAGUUAGAUAUUUUAUUAUGAUUAAGAGGAUCAUCUAUAAGAUCAAGAAAUUUGGGAAUAAUUGUAUGAGGAAUCUAAACAUAUUCAUAAUAACUCUUUUAAUGACAGUUGA